ACUGCAGCCAAGAAGAGUGCCUGACGAGCCCAGUUAAGAGGAUACAGGCGUGGUUUAAUGUUCACUCACAGCAAACACACCCCCACAGAGAGAGAAAGAGAAAGGAUAAACUGACGCAGCGCGUCUCAUCAGCCUUCAUUUGGGUCACACAGCCAGUAAUUCAUGACAACUCUACUAAAAUACAACUCACUUUCAGAAGUUCACAAGAUGAACAUUUGUGUUGAGGAAGAAAAGAGUGGAGCAGAGUCUGCAGGAUCCAGCUGUCCUUCUAUGAGAAGUGACAGCUCCAGAAUUGAUCCUUUAAACUUCAGGGAUGAACCUGGACCCUCAGACACAACAGAGAGGAAGGCGAUCUCAGAGGAUCCAGUGUCUACCAGCCAUGGACCAGAAAAAUCCAGGACUGAAGCACAACUGCAGAUAUCCACAGAUGUUGGUCUGCAGGAGAUUUUAAAUGAACAUAAAAUACAUCUAAAGAGACAAUAUGAACGUGUGACUGAAGGAUUUGGUGAAUCAACAAGUGGAACCCUCCUCAACACGAUCUACACUGAGCUUUACAUCACAGACAAACAGAGUGAAGAGGUUCAUACUCAACAUGAAGUGAGGCAGCUGGAGACAACUUCACAAACAGAUACCGUCCAUGCCCCAACAAUCAAGUGUCACAAACUCUUUGAAGUUUUACCUCACCUGAUGAGACCCAUCAGAGUGGUUCUGAUGAACGGAAUUGCUGGCAUUGGAAAAACCUUCUCAGUGCAGAAAUUUAUUGUGGACUGGUCAGAGGGCUUGGAAAACCAAGACAUCAACAUAGUGAUUCUGCUUUCAUUCAGGGAGUUGAAUCUCGUUAAAGAUGAGCGGUACAGUCUUCUGGAGCUGCUCCAUGUUUUCUAUCCAACAUUACAGAAAGUCACCACAGAGAAACUGACUCUUUGUAAACUUUUGUUCAUCUUUGAUGGCCUGGAUGAAAGUCGACUUUCACUGGAGUUCACUAACCGGAAGAUUGUUUCUGACAUUACUCAGACAUCAUCAGUCAAUGAGUUAGUAACAAACCUCAUAGAAGGGAAUCUGCUUCCCUCGGCUCUCAUCUGGAUAACUACCCGACCUGCAGCAGCCUAUCAGAUACCUCCUAAAUGUGUUGACAGGGUAACAGAAGUGCGAGGCUUCACUGACGCUCAGAAGGAGGAGUACUUCAGGAUGAGGUUUAGUGAGAAAGAGCUGUCCAGAGUUAUCUCCCACAUUAAGAAAUCCAAAAACCUCAAUGUCAUGUGUAAAAUCCCAGUCUUCUGCUGGAUCACUGCCACAAUCCUUGAGUACAUAUUGAAUACAGACCAAAGAAGAGAGCUACCAAAGACCCUGACUGACAUGUACUCGUACUUCCUACUGGUUCAGACAAAAAGAAAUAAACACAAGUGCCAAAAAGAACAUGAAACGAGUCCACAGGAGCUGACGGAUGCUGACAGGGAAGUUCUUCUGAAGCUGGGGAAGCUGGCGUUUGAAAAUCUGAAAAAAAGAAACAUCAUAUUCUACCAAGAAGACCUGGAAAAGUGUGGUCUGGAUGUCACAGAGGCCUCAGUUAAUUCAGGGGUUUUUACUGAAAUCUUUAAAAGACAGUGUGGGAUUUUCCAAAAACCAGUCUACUCCUUUGUUCAUCUGAGCAUUCAGGAGUUUCUGGCUGCUGUUUACACGUUUCACUGUUACACCAACAGGAAAACAGAGGUACUAAAAGAAGUCCUGGGGGAAGAAUAUAACGAGACAUCUCUGGACAUUUUUCUGAGCAAAGUCAUGGAAAAGUCCCUCCAAUGUAAAAAUGGCACUCUGAACUUGUUUGUUCGCUUCCUGCAUGGCCUCACACUAGAGUCCAACCAAAGACUCUUAGUAGGUCUACUGAGUCAGACAGAGAACAACCCAGAAGUUAUCCAGAAAAUCAUCAACAACCUAAAAGAGAUGAGACGUUCUCAAAUUUCUCCUGACAGAAGCAUCAAUAUCUUUCAUUGUCUGAUUGAGAUGAAUGACAGCUCAGUGUUUCAGGAGAUCCAAGAAUUCGUGAAAUCAGAGACAAAACUCUGUGAGAUCCACUGCUCAGCUCUGGCCUACAUGCUGCAGAUGUCGGAGGAGGUUCUGGAUGAGUUGGACCUGCAGAAGUUCAACACAUCAGAUGAAGGACGACACAGACUGAUCCCAGCUGUGAGCAACUGCAGAAAGGCUCUACUAAAAGCUUGUCAUCUCUCAGAGACUCACUGUGAAGUUGUGGCCUCAGCUCUCAAAUCCGACAACUCCAAUCUGGUGGAGUUGGACAUGACUGGAAACAAGUUGCAGGAUUCAGGACUAAAUAUUUUGUCUGCUGGACUGUCUAGUCCAGACUGUCGACUAGAGACUCUGAGGUUGGAGAGCUGUUGGUUGUCAGAUAUCAGCUCUCUGGCUUCAGCUCUGAAUUCCAACCCCUCUCAUCUGAAAUAUCUAAACCUGAGCUACAACAACUUGGAGAAUUCAGGAGUGAGGCAUCUUUGUGGUUUUCUGAAGAAUCCCCACUGUCUAUUGGAGACUCUGAGAUUGCAGCGCUGCAGUUUGUCAGAGAUCAGCUGUGAUCAUCUGCUUCCAGCCCUUCAGUGCAACCCCUCCCAUUUGAAACAUCUGGACCUGAGCACGAACAACCUUCAGGAUUCAGGAGUGGAGCAGCUGUGUGUUUAUCUGAAGACUUCAGAUUGCAGACUGGAGACUCUCAGGUUAUGGGGCUGCAAGUUGUCAGAGACCAGCUGUGAUUAUCUGUUCAAAGCUCUUCAGUCCAACACCCAUUUGAGAGAGCUGGACCUGACCUUGAACAACCUGCAGGAAUCACAUGUGAAACAGCUGUCUGAGCUUGUGGACAGCCCACAUCACACACUGGAGGUUCUCAAACGGAAGGACCCAUAAACACAGUUGUUUGUCUUUGUUGUGUGUGUAGUGUGUGUGUGGUGUGUGUGCGUGUCCUGAUGGUCCAGAGAGGUUGAAACACCAGCAGCUUGUGUGUAGUGAUGCUGUGACAGGGCCAGGCUACAGGGAGGUGGAGUGGACAGCAGAGCUUCAUCCAGCAGUGACAGAAAUCAGACGUGCAGAUGGCUGACAGUGCUGUAAAAAUGCUCUGAGAGCUCCUCUGUUAGACACCAUGUAGAAUCUAUCGUCAUCCCUUUGUGUUCUUUCAUCACAGUGUCUUUUUGCAGACACUAGGUUCAGUUUUAUUUUCUUUGAAAAGUUACCUAAAUACAUUUUAAUAUCUUUUGUACAAUUGAUGUAAUUUUAAGUUAUUUAUCAUGGUUUUGAAAUCUAUCGUGUGACAAUGACUUCAAGUAUCCUUCUUGAAACAGUAAAUUUUUUUUUCAUCGACAUAAUCUGUAUAGUGCAACUGAUCAGGUAAAAAAUGUUCAAUAAUUGAAAAAAGAUAGAUUUGUUUUAUACUUUCUAACAUAAUAACUGGGAUCAUGUGAUAUAAACACUAUUGUAGAGAAUUGCAAACUGUCCAGAGUUUGGUGUACUAUAUAUCUUCAGUAAUUUAGAUAAUGAAAGUAUCCAGUGGUUCAGCAGAUGAAGUGCAGAAGGUAGAGGUUUUUUCAUGGAUGCUAAAUCCAUCAGUUGUGUUGUUACUGUUAGAGAUGUUACACAGUCAUGUGACUUCCCUGGGUGAAGACAAUUGGCAGCAGUCUGAAGUUUGAAAUUCCUGAGCUGAUGAAUAAGGCUACGUUCACACUGCAGGUCUCAAUUCCAAUUUUUUGAUCAAAUCUGAUUUUUUUUGUCUGAUUGUUCACACUUCAAAUACAAUGUGACAGCAAACGCGCUCUAGUGUGAACAGUUCACGGCCCUCAAACCGGCCCGCGUGUGCAAAAGAAGAUGUCACACACAACACGCUCUGUUUGCAGAAGUAAAAAUGGCGGCUACAGAGCCAGUAGGUUGUUCAGCAGUCUAUCAAUUUCUGCACAGUCUCAACCGACAGAAUUUUGAUAAAUUAAUUACAGAAAGGACACUGAGAAAAAAGAGAGCCCAUGCUUUAACAAUGGCCUUGUUUGCAGCAGUGGCUGCUACCUCCAUGCACAGGUAUAUAUUGGCACGGAGUCGGAACCAGGAGUGGUGGGACUGGUUUGUCUUCAGAUAUGUAUCUGAUUCAGUACCACAUAUGAAAGUGACCCAGGUCGGAUUUGGAAAUAUCAGAUUUGUGCUGUUCAAACUGUCAGACCAUGAUCGGAUAUGGGUCGCAUAGGGUCAAAAAGUUGGAUUUGAUGCGCUUUUGCCUGCAGUGUGAGCAUAGCCUUAGUUAUCUGUCAAUAAUGAACCUUAAUGUUUUAUAUGGAUAAUAAGGAUCAAUAAAUGUGUGGAUUUGACUCAAAGGAAUGA